CUGCCUACUUAUAAGUUAUAGUCCAAAAUUCAGGUUAUAUAUGUGGUUUUAGCUAAGUUUAUUGUUUUUGCUUAUUGGAUCAAGUAAAUAAGUUAGAUCAUGAAUUUUUAACUUGGCCACAGAACAAUUGGCAUUGGCAAGUUCCAACCUUUUUAUAGUUAUACUGCUUACUCUCAAUCAUGGAUGAAUCAACAAUAUAUGAACGCUGAAUGCAAGCUAGUAAAAUAUUGGACUGCCCUCUAGUUUUUGGGCUUUGAGAUUUAUCUCCUUUUUAAUGUUUUAAAGGAUUCUCAUAUACCUCCAGAGUUUCACUGUGGUGACCGUGUGAAAUAUCUAGGAUAACUUGCAAAGCAACAAGAAGGACGUUUCUAGUUAUAUGUUUGUGUUGGCACGAUUCUCUUAUCAGGACGAUGCAAAAAGAAGGCAUUUCUAAAAAGCACAAACAGAAAAGUAAAAAGAAGGCUGCUAAAGAAAGUAAAACUUCAGUUCUGGAAAAAGCCCAUAAAUAUGUGGAGGCAACAAUUACUAGUGUAGAAGAUAAAUCAGGUCAGUAUGAGAAUAAAAGGAAACUAGAAACAGACUUUGGUGAGGGUGAGGAAGUGGUUUUUAAAAGAAAAGCUACAGAAGCUGACAAAGAAAGAAAACGAGAGAAAAGUCGCCUGAAGCGUCAAAAGAAGAAAGAACAAAAGGCUAAGAAACACUCGGAGGAAACGGGUGCCAAGGCCAAAGAAAAUGCUCUUUUAUACUUGAAGUUGUGGCACACUGAUCGACAUAAUUGGUCUUUCAAAAAAAUUCAACAAAUAUGGCUUUUGAAGAACCUUUACCAAACGGAGCAGAUAUCUGAUGAUGAAUUUGAGAUUCUGCUGGAAUACUUAGUAGGGUUAAAGGGGGCAGCUAGAGAACGACUGGUGGAGGAGGCAGAGAAGUUGAUACGGACAUGGGAGAUUCAACUUCAAACAGAAAAUCCCGGUUCCGAUGACGAAAGGAUUGGACUUAAUGACAGAGCAAGAAGUUUUACAGAUCUUUGUAUUGGAGAGAAAGUAACAGAAUCUGGCUACAAUCGAGCGAGGAUGAUUAUCCAGAUGCUGGAAUGAAAACAUGUAUUUCUGUACAAAAUGAUGGAUACGAAGAUAUCUAUUAGUUGCCCAUUGUUGAUAAGAACAUUUAAGGUGCUUGAGAGACAAGUAUAUCGUCGUUAUUCUACAUUGAUGCUAGGUAAAUACAAGGAAGACUUGUUCACUGUAGAGAAAAACAAGCAACGUUACGGUUCAGUAAUGAAAUGUUUUUUAACAUACCA